CCAGAUCCCUCCCCGCCCCCACUCCUCUCCCCCGAUCCAGAUCCUCCGCCGCCGCCAACCUCUCCCCUCGCCUCCGCCGCCCACCUCCCCCCUCGCCGCCGGUCUGCAGCCGUCUGCACCCUCCCCUCCCCUCCACUCAUCACAAGACAAGAGAAGAAGAAAGGACGGCUCUCCCGAUGCCAGAUCCAAUCCUCCUCCCUCCCUCCUCGCCCCGGCUCCCUGCUCCCCUCCCCUUCCAGAUCGCCGCCACCGCCUCCCUCCUCCUCCCUCGCCCCGGCUCCCUGCUCCGCCUCGACGGGCCGGUGCACCGCCAUGACCGCAACGAGCCCAAUCCCAUCGCCGAAUCUCGGAACAUCGCCAUGGCUCCCUGCUCCGCGGCGGCCGAGGCGGCGCGGGACCUGCGGGACGCGGUGGCGGCCCUCGCCGUGCGCCGUGCCGCCGACGAGGACGCGCUGCGGCGCCGCGCCGUCGCGCUGGACGCCGACGUCCGCCGCCUACAGGGCUCCCUCGCCCCCCUCGACCCCGCCAUGCUUGACGAGUUAGUGCCUCCAAUGUGGUCGACGGCGAGUGCAUCGGGGAUUCGGGGUCGUCUUCAAGAAGGACAAGACCAGGGUCUCCAAUGGAUCAGGCAGUGCUCCACUGCUCCUCUUCUUCCUAACCAUUUCCUAUCUGCCUGCCGUCACAUGCAAUGGCUACUUGUCGCCUCUUUCUUAAUUAGUACACAUGGAUCUUAAACCAAUUGUAUCUGGAAUUCAGUUGUAAGAAAGUGUCUAAUCUGAAACAAGGCAUGGGUGGGAAUUCAUUUGGGCUAGAGUACACUGCAAUAUGUUUCUUGUAUGCUUUAGCCACUGUUAGAUUACAGUACUACUACUAGUCUAUAUAUGCAACUUGUCUACAGUAAAAUUAUUCGACUUGUUAAAACUGCCACACAUAGUACUGCUACUAGUCUAUAUAUGCAACCAGUACCUAUGUUUCUCAAUAUAAAGACGUUUUGGUAGUUUAAAUAAUGGAUGGAGUGAUAGUUACAGUAUGGUUGAAAAUCCACUCGGUUGUGGACUAAUAAGAGCCAGCAAUACAUAUACUCUAGUUGUCAUGUUGUGCUUGAUGUUCCAUAUUUUGUUGAUGCGCUGAUUGCUCGUCCCUCCUCCCCUCCCCUCCCCUCAUCUGCUUCUUCUUGAUUAGAUCUGAUCUGAUCCAUGCAGGGGGUUUGUGCAGGCCAUCACCAUGGUACGCCGAGGUGCUGCGGGUGUCAAGGAAGACGAUGGUUCGGUUUAGACAGUGAAGAGAGGAUAGCGUGCAGAGGGGGAGGACAUCGGUUCUAGCUGCUUAGAUUACUCGAGGCAUGAUUUGAUUCGGUACAAGGGGUUCGUCAUGCCAGGCUCCUCUUUUCUGCUGCUUCCAUGCAACGGUGGUGGCAGCUGUGUUGUUCGGCAUCGGCUACAAAAACAGCCAUGGGCGACCGAGGAAGGCAUGUUGUCUGUUUUCUUGAAGGCCGUUCUGUUUGUUCCCAGCCCUAACUACGGUUGUCCAGCUAGUUCGGCAUGUUGUUCAUAUCACUAUGGUAGUCCAACGAGUUUGGCAUGUUGUGAGUUUGGCAUGUUCAUGACGGGAGCAGGUGCCAGUUUGUGAUUGCUUGUAAAGCUUGUAAAUGUAAUCUCACGCUAAUCUUGCUACAGUAAUCUCACGCUAAUCUUGCCACGUCA